AUGAGCCUCCACGAAGCGCGUUUGCACGCGACUGAGAACGUGGCAACCAGCGACGUGCAAGUCGACGUGAUGGCCGCCAACGCCAACAACCCACGCGCGCUGGGCUCGACCAAGCUGCUCGGCCACGACGUGAGCUCGGCAAAGCUACCGAGCGUGCACUCGGGCAUCACGCGCAUGCAGAGUCUCUUUCGCGAUCGGCAAACGCAACUCGUGUCCAAGCACAAGGUCGAGAACGAGGAAGCCCAGCGGCAGCGCCUCCAGGCGAUUUGGCAGCUCUUGGUCACAGGAUUUGAACUGACCAAGUACCCGAAGGCGGGUCGCGCGCGAAAGCGCGUGUUCUGGCUCACGCUCGACGGCAAGCUGUGCGUCGGUCGCAGCAAGGCUGCAAAGCACGCCGGCAAGUAUAUGAACCUCUGGGACGUGGAGUCGAUCGAGAAAGGAUGCAGCGCGCCACAGUUUACAAACUCGUUGAGCUGGCGCGACGCCCGCGGAAAGGAGCCAAUGUGUUUUUCGAUCGCAGCGCGCGCCAAGCACUCGAUGGAGCUGCGCUACUUUGCGCUCCAAGUCAACUCGACCAACGUGCGCAACAUCCUCGUCGAGAACCUCAGUGUGCUCUUGAGCCAGCUCCACGGUGACGGCGACGGCGACUACCCGCGUGUGGUGCGAAGCCGCCUCGCGCGCCACUUUGCCGCGACCGGCGACGUCCUCGCGCUCGUUGACGUUCGCGCGCUACUGGAUCGGGAAGGCUCGGAGCGCGCAGAGAGCCCCGUCAAGGAAGGCGACCACGACAGCGGCGAAUCCGACUCGGGGGACGAGUGA